AUGGCGUUCGUGGGCUGCGCUCCGGAGCAGGUGGCUGAGAUGUCUGCGCUCUGCUCCUGCGUCGAGGCGUAUGUCGCACUGGGGGAUGCUACAAAGGCCGAGUUCAGAGCAGACGAGGCGUGCAGCUUGGCAAAAGCCUUCAGCGGCACACUUCGGGAGGCAGCGCCGAAGCUGGCGCUUGUCAAGUCCAAACUCCUGGGGAGCAAGGAAGGGACGGAUGCAAUGGCCUUGCUGCGCGAGAUCGGGGCUACCUGGGGGGAGACUGCUUUGCUUCUCGGCUUGGCAAAGGAUGCCACCAAGGACACAGCAAAGGCCCGUGCUGCCCUUGAGCAGGCAAAGCUCAAGCAGAAUAGGUGGCUGGAGGCAUUUGCGCUGCUGACUCUGACGCUUGCAUUGCAGCCCAAGGGCAGCCCUGGGGCGACUGCCGUGGACGAGUUCCUGGCUCUCGCGAAGCGCCAUGGCAUCCACGUUGGGGAAGCUGAUGCUGCUUCGAGCAUCCGAAGGCUUCAGGGCAGUGGCAGCACGACGCAAGAUCUGCAGGAGAUAUCCAUGAUCGACUCAGCGCCGCAGCCAAGUUCGGGCAGAGGCAGGGGCAAGCGUGGGCGACUCUGGACAUGGCCGAUGCCAAGCUGCAGCAGGGUCUACUGCAGGUUCCAGAGGUGGAGGACGCUAUGA